UCCCCUUCAUUCUCUCCCCCUCCUGCUCCCCGAUUCUUCGUCCUUCGACAUGCUCCUCACGUGAAGUCCGCCAACUUGCAUACCGCACUGCAUGCCGAGUAAUAAAAAGAAAAAGAAAAAACAAAACAAAACAAAACCAAAAAAAAAAGAACAAGGCAAAUGCUCGUUCGGGGAAUGAGAGAAAAACCCACACGCGUUCGCAUCUUUCAUUGAACGGCUUGGACGGAGCAACAGUAUGGAUCUGUCAUUCAUGGCCGCGCAGAUCCCAGUUAUGACGGGAGCCUUCAUGGACUCCUCGCCCAAUGACGACUACAGCGGCGAACACUCACUCUUCAACUCCUCGGCUAGCGUCCACGCCGCUGCCUCGGCCGCCUCGGUACACGGCCAGCAGGAUGAGUCGCAGUCCAUGUCCAGCGACGCCAUCUGGCUCUGGAUCGCCAUCGUUGCCACUAUUGGAAACAUAGUGGUAGUGGGCAUUGUCUAUGCCUGCACUUUCUGAUGAGCAUACGCUUACAAAGACAAAGACGCACACAUCCCGCUUUUUCUGGAUCUCUGGACCCCUGAGUGAGGCCAUGCUUUGCAGACACACGUGCUCUCUCUCUAUGUCUCCCCCUCUUUCUCUUUCUCCCUCGCACUUGGCUUUUGGGUUCAGUUUGGGCCCCUGAGGGUGUUGAAGUUGUGAUACUAGACUUUGACCUAUGGAGUACUAUAAUUCAGAAUCAGAGGGAAAGACUGGGACUGAAGUUUGAGAAGAAGCUUUUGUGUACAACAGCUCUUUAGUUAAAAACAGAAACAACAGACCUGCGCUCUAAACCAAGAAUCAAAGGAACUUUUUUUUUUAAUCUUAAGUUUGUUUCCGUGUUUCUCCUCAGACGACACCCUCACUUGUAAUGCAGAGAGAAUGGAGACUAAAUGGGGCUUAAGAUUUGGGUUGAUCUGGACCAUCUUAAAAAUGUACCAGAUAGUUGCCAAGCAAUUUAGGUCAGUGUUGUUUAAUUAUGCGGCUGAACAGAGAUGGUGAAUGUUAAAACAUUUAGAAAGUACUGGGACUAUUUUCAGGUCAGGCAGCCCUAAGACCCAGGACGCUAGAGCUCAUUUAAGGUCUUAUUUGUGGAUGAAACAUAGUAUGGACACUCAUCAUUAGUGUUUAUAGUAUGUUUCUAAACAGUUCCACUGACAAGAAACAGAGAACAGGACACUGUCAUUAAACUUCCUUUAGUACGCACUUAAAAUCCCAUGAAAAUGCUUUCUGCAUUGCUAAUUCAAUUAAACACAAUGAAUGAUGACUUUAUAAUUAAAUUUUGUGUUAAUCUAAGUUAGCCCCUUUCAAAUGAAUGGUCUUAUUGUCGAAUACCUACAGUAAUAUCCAACAGGUAUUAUUAGAAAAUCUAAUUGUAUUGUCAUGGUCUGUUCAGUUAUGUUUAGAUAUUAUCUACAGAUGUUAAAAAAUAGAGUUAGAAGCACAAAUUAAAUCAAACACACGUAGCCUUCUUUACUUAUUCACCCAAUUACUUUUGUAGAUGUUUUUUUCUCAGUAAGUACAGCCUGUAAAUUUUUUCAUCACUCAGAAAAAAUGCAACAGAAGAUGCAAGUCCCUGAUAUUACAGAUAUGGUAGGCCAGAUGUGGAAAAAUGGUAAAUGUCUCCAAAAGUAAUGUAACACUGACCAGAUCUCUAGUAAAUUUCGUGAUAAAUGUAUACCAGUGUGAGUGGGGAUGUGAUGCCUAAUUUUGAAAUGAAAUUUUUACAUCAAGCUAAUGCUCAGUAAAUUAGUUUUAUGUCACUGUGGAACAUGGAGGCAGCUGUCUCCAUGGCAACUAAUCCUCAUCGUAAUUGGGAGCAACAAAGUUACUUUCAGUCUCAAGCAUUAACCUGCGGCCACAGAUGCAAUUAAUGCUUAAAAAAAAACAUGCUAUACAAGGCACUGCAUUAAUACAAAUACUAUAGCUGCUAGAAUUUGUCUUUAAGUCUGCUAACUGAUUUUUGUGCUUUGCUUACAUUGUUUUUUUUCCCCCCUUUUUAAGACGUCAGGCUAAAAAGAAAAAGUGGAUAAAAAUAGUAUUAGUUUGGAUUUUUUUUAAUUUUUCUGUACCAUGUAGAUUAAAACAUCAAUACGAACUUGCAGUGCUCGUUUUAGUCCUCACUGAAAAAUAUUUACUACCGGACGAUCAAAACAAGGGAACAGUUUUGGGUCAAUUUAAUGAAUCCUUGUUAUGUUGCAUCAUCACUGACAGUUAUAGCGUGGGAUUGUUAGCAAUGUGCAAAAUCAUCAAGAUAAGUCUGUCAACUGGUCUUUCUUUACCUGACAAACUGACUGGUCUAUAUAUUUAGACAGACGCUUAAAGAGCGUCUGUCAAAGACAGAGCUCUUUUUUUUUUUCAGUGACAAACAUUUCUCCUUGGAUUUAGUAGACAAUAUCAAUGUGCUUAAAGGAUACAAACCUGUCUUGUAAACACCAUAUCUGUUCAAAUGUUCAUACACGACAACGAACAAUACUAGCUUAUUGCAUCAACUGUACCAUGUAAGGAAAAUUCAGACACACACUAGUGUAAUCUCUUGUUAUUAUGAGUGUACGUAUACAAUGUUCAAAGAAGGACUUUUCAAGCCUGUUAUUUUUAAUAAAUGGUUGAUGUAGAAAUAUUUAGAAAUGUUGUAAACCACAUACACAAUGCUCCUUUUGUAAAG